GCGGAGCCGUGGGUGGCCGCGGCCGUGCCCGGCGCUCUGCGUGCCGCUGCCGCGGGGCAUGGUGAGCAAGGGGCCGCUGCUGCGCCUGCUGACCGCCAUCAACCGCAGGAGGAUGAAGCUGCUCAUGGGGCUCGCCUUCGUCGCCUACGUCGCCUCUGUGUGGGGAAACUUUGUCAAUAUGAGGUCUCUUCAAGAAAAUGGGGAUCAGAAGGUGGAAAGUAGAAUAGAGGAGGCUGUUGCACCUCUAAGGGAGAAAAUCAAAGAUCUAGAAAAAAGUUUCACCCAGAAAUACCCACCAGUGAAAUUUUUAUCAGAAAAGGAUCGUAAAAGAAUCCUGAUAACUGGAGGAGCAGGGUUUGUGGGUUCUCAUCUUACUGACAAACUAAUGAUGGAUGGCCAUGAGGUUACAGUUGUGGACAACUUCUUUACGGGCAGGAAAAGAAAUGUGGAGCACUGGAUUGGUCAUGAGAACUUCGAACUGAUAAAUCAUGAUGUCGUAGAGCCCCUGUACAUUGAAGUGGACCAGAUCUAUCAUCUAGCAUCUCCUGCUUCUCCUCCAAAUUACAUGUAUAAUCCUAUAAAAACAUUGAAGACCAACACUAUUGGGACAUUAAACAUGCUGGGUUUAGCUAAACGUGUUGGAGCACGGCUGCUGCUGGCCUCUACGUCAGAGGUUUAUGGAGAUCCUGAAGUUCACCCUCAAAAUGAAGAUUACUGGGGGCAUGUGAAUCCCAUAGGUCCAAGAGCCUGCUAUGAUGAAGGAAAGCGGGUUGCAGAGACCAUGUGUUACGCGUACAUGAAGCAGGAAGGAGUUGAAGUGAGGGUUGCGAGAAUAUUCAACACCUUUGGUCCUCGAAUGCAUAUGAAUGAUGGAAGAGUUGUCAGUAAUUUUAUCCUACAAGCUCUCCAGGGAGAACCACUAACAGUUUAUGGAUCUGGAACUCAGACAAGAGCUUUCCAGUAUGUCAGUGAUCUUGUGAAUGGGUUGGUGGCAUUGAUGAACAGCAAUGUCAGCAGUCCUGUCAACUUGGGAAACCCAGAAGAGCACACUAUCCUAGAGUUUGCCCAGUUAAUUAAAAAACUUGUUGGCAGUGGGAGUGAAAUCCAGUUUCUCUCAGAAGCACAAGAUGACCCUCAGAAACGAAAACCUGACAUCAGAAAAGCCAAGUUACUGCUUGGCUGGGAACCUGUGGUCCCAUUGGAAGAAGGUUUGAAUAAAGCAAUUCAUUACUUCCGUAAAGAGCUUGAGUAUCAGGCGAACAAUCAGUAUAUUCCCAAACCAAAACCUGCGAGGAUGAAAAAAGGAAGAACAAGACAUAACUGAAGACUAUUAGUUGGACAGGAAAUUCCCUGCUUGACAUUUGACGGAUGUAAUUUUUUUUUAAUUUUUUUUUUUUUUUCAAGAGAGACUUUAAAACAGGUAUCAUGAAGAACGAACUGGAAUUUCAUUCUGAAGCUUGCUUUAAAGAAGUGGAUGUGCCUAAAAAUAACAUAAAUAUUCCCUUUCCCUGCAAAUCUUGCCUUGCACUUUUUAAAUCUGUCUUUUUAUGUAAAAUAGAGUAGAAGCAUCUUUUAGUAUCUUCAAGUUUUAUAUCUUGAUGUGAGAUCAUUUUGUUGUGACUGUCCUUGACAGUUUUAUUUACUGGUUUCUUUGUGAAGCUGAUGAUAAACACAAACGGGAUGGAAAAUGCCAAUUUAUUUAUAAAAUGGGUACUAUAAAAUAUGAGAUGUUCUACUAUGCAUAAGAAAAAAAUUAGUGGUAUUGUCAGGUGAAAGACACUGACAUCUGCAUAUAGAAGAGUUUAAAAGAAUUCUGUAUGAGAGCUUUAUGUAUUCUUUAAAGGAGAGAUUUUUUCAAAGUUUAGUUUUAGUUGUUCACUUGAAUUUGAGAUAUUUUCAUUGAUUACCAUGGAUAAGGAUAUUUUGAAUCACUACUGUGUUGUGCGUACUCUGGGAAUAAAGUUAAUGUAUUAUUGGUUACAGUGGUUGAAUAUGCUAUUUUAAUAAAAUACUGAAACUUCUGUUUA